AUGUCAGGGGAGAAAAAGAAGAGAUGGGGAGGAGAGAGGAGGGAAAGAGGGUGGAAAAGAGGAGGGAAAGAGGGUGGAAAAGAGGAGGGGAAAGAGGGUGGAAAAGAGAAGGGGAAGAAAGAGAGGAGAGAGAGAGAAAAAGAGAGAGAGAGAGAGGGGAGAAAAAUACGAGAUAGGGAGGAGAGAGGCGGGAAAAAGGGUGGAAAAGAGGAGGUAAAGAGGGUUGGAAAAGAGGAGGGAAAGAGGGUGGAAAAGCGGAGGGAAAGAGGGUGGAAAAUAGAAGGGGAAGAGAGAGAGGAGAGAGAGAGGGGGGGGGAAGAGGAGGGAAGAAAUAGAGGAGAGAAAGAGGGAAAAAAGAGAAGGGGAAGAAAACGAGGAGAGAAAGAGGAGGGAAGAAAGAGGGUAAUAGAGAAUAGGAAGAAAGGGGAGGGAAGAAAUACGGGGAAGAGAAGGAGAAGAAAGAGAGAAAGAGGGGGAAAGAAUGACUGGGGAAGAAGAGUGAGGAAGGAGAUAAGAAGAGGAAGUAGAGAGGUUGAAAGCACAUAA